AUGCUUGUAAAAGCACCAAACAACAGGAUCCGCUUCAACCUCAUUCACAAUGCUCAAGACAGAGUGCAUUACCUGGCGCCAGAAUAUCAACAACUACUGAGAUCACCCCCAGGGGCAACGUUCUACCGAGGGCUGAGCAUAUUUGAUGCGGAGCAAAGUGCUGGGGUGAUCCUCAAGCAGCUGAUCAGCCUCCUUUCGUCAUUCAAGAAGAACAGAACCACCCUUGCAACAAUGGGUGUCAAAAGCGUGUCUCCUACAACACGGGCCUACAAACAUAUGCAGGAUCUAAUUGCAGGAUUCGUGAGCACAGCUAUGCCACUGUGGUCAGGCUGCCCCCAGAAUUGUUGCAAGCUAUCCAGGGAAUACGUUCAAGAGAAGGACCGGAUACAGGCGGAGCUUGAGAACCUGCAGAGAGGCAAUGCGGAGAAGGAAACAGCUGUCGAGCAACUGACACAGCAACUAGAGACAGCACAGGAGGAGCACAAGAAGGUCCAAGAGUUGGUGCAGGUGGCAAACAAAAGGAAGGAGGCAGAGCUGACUCGGGAAUUGGAGCAGAUGCAGCUCGGUCUGAACGCAUCCAUUCAGCGACUUGAAGCUGAAGUGUCGGAGACAAGGGGUGCGUCUGUGCUGGCGCUGGGAAAGUCGGAAGCCACAAUCCAACGGCUUGAGGCUGAUGUGCUCAAGGCGCAAAGGGACAAGGAGGAAAUGGAGGCAGCGUUAACUCAAGCCCAGGAGGAGCAAGUACAGGUUCAGCUGAGGCUCAAAGAGUUGAGGAGGGCCAAGGCUGCUUCUGUACAGCAAGUAGUGAGCCUAAAGUCAACCAUCGAUGAACUCGAGGCCGAACUGUUGGCAGCGAGCACUGCCAGGCAAGCCUCUGCACAGGAGGUCGUGGGCCUGAGGUCCUCCAUCCAGGAACUCGAGGCUGCCUUGUUGGAUGCAAGAAGGGCACGGGAAGAGUCUUCAGCAUCGAUCCAACGACUCAAUGCGCAAGUGGAGGAGGCAAGGAGAGCACGUGACGCUGAGGUUGAAGAGUUGAAGAUAUGGAGGAUUGAAUUGACGAACCAGGCUAUUCAAGAGGGGUUGCGGAGGGGCAAUGCGGAGAGGGAGGCCGUCGUCAACCAACUGACUCAAGAAUUGCAGAGAGCACAUGAGGAGAGAACGCAGGUUCAGCUCGAACUCGAUGAGACGAGGCGCUCCUUAAGCAGGGUGGAAGAAGCACGUGAUCAGGCUCUGGUCACCAUCGACGACCUGAGGCAGACCAACGGCAUAGUCCAAAAGCUUGAACAGGUGACUGCGUGCUUGAAGGGAGAAGUCCUGCCCCUUGUGAAGGGUUCAAAGGAUGUGCAGGAGCUGCCCGAGGGUUCGACCAGAAUUUCCACCCUCGUUAAUGAACCUUUCAUCGACCUGAGGAAAGGAGACAAUUCCCAGGUGAGGCGGGUCGGAUGCAAGCGCGCUGUCAGAGACGACGAUGCGGGUGUUGCAGUCUUUGAGGAAGAGACACUGACAGUCAAGAAGAGGAAGGUCACACAACAUGUGUUGAGGGGCCCCGUCACCAUCAGGAGGAUCCCCAUCGAGUGUAACAAGCUCAGGGCCACUCUCGUGGUCAAGAGGGACACAAAGGGGUCACGAGGAGGUGUCCAGUAUCACGUGGAGGAGUGCCAGUGUGACACAUGUGGCGGACGCGGAGAACCCUUGCCGGUAGGGACUUUCGAGGCUGAUCAUGCAAAGAGCAGGAUGAAGAAGUGGGCCACAUCGUUCAAAGCUGUUUGCAAAGACGGAGCGCUCCUGAGCUUGAGAGACGUAAUGGACCAACCAUUCCGGGUUAAGAAUAGGAGGAAGGGCUGA